AUGGAACAUUUUGACGUCGCCAUCGUGGGCCUUGGUGUCCUAGGCAGUGCAGCGGCAUACCAGUCAGCUCUAAAAGGCGCAAGAACAAUCGCAUUCGAACAAUUUGAGCUCGGCCAUGUGCGCGGGGCUUCUCACGAUACGUAUCGCAUUGUGAGAACGUCCAACUCUGCAAGUGAAUAUGUUGCCCUCGCCAAAUCAGCAUAUCGGGAUUGGGCCGAGCUAGAAAGGAUGACCGGUCAAGAUUUGUUGAGCAUUACUGGUGGUGUGGUAUUUAUGCCAAAAGACGGACCACUCCCAGUUGAAAGUUACACAACCAGCCCAAAGGCGAACAGUGUGCCGUACGAGCUUCUUUCUUCUAAGGAGGUAACAAAGCGCUGGCCUCAAUUCGAUAUCCCCGAUACCGUCGCCACUGUGUAUACGCCCGAUACGGGGAUCGCUCAUGCAUCCCGCUCGGACGCUACCAUGCAGAGCCUGGCGUUCCAAAAAGGCGCCGUGCUAAAGGCAAAUAUGCGCGUUGAGCGAGUCACGCCUAAAUAUUCCUCUGGUCGAGGGACUAUUAUUCAGACGUCAAGAGGACAAUUCCAUGCCUCGAAAGUUAUCCUCACAACUGACGCCUGGACGAAUAAGCUAUCCGCCCCCCUCGGCGUGCAUAUCCCGCUUUCUGUGAUGCAGGAGCAGGUUACAUACUUCAAACCACCAGAUGCUUCAGUCUUCGAAGCAACUCGAUUCCCGACAUGGAUUUGGUUUGGCCAGAAAUCUUUCUAUGGCUUCCCUUGCUACGGUGAGCCGACAAUCAAGGCAGCACGAGAUACGUCCCUCAAUUUCAUGACCCCCGAAGAGCGGGCAUUUGUCCCCUCGGCGCAGCUUCAGAAUAAGCUGGUAGAAUUUCUCGCCAAUUUCAUACCUGAGAAGGAACUUCAGCCACUCCGUACGGUGACCUGCCAGUAUACGAUUACACCUGAUCGCCAAUUCAUCAUCAGCCCAUUAACCAGUCAUCCCGAUAUCAUUGUUGGCCUAGGAGCGGCUCACGCUUUCAAAUUCGCCCCGGCCUUUGGACGUGUCUUAGCCGAGCUAGCAAUCGAUGGUGAGACUAAGGAAGAUAUAUCCAAAUUUGGGAUUCCAAGUGUUGCCACUUGUAGCACCAAACUGUGA